AUGAAAGUUUGGGCCGUGUUUCUCAUGCUCUACACGGCAUCAGCCUUGGUGGUCAUCGACUCGGCGCUAGCUUCGUCCUGUCUUUACUACUUCAAGGAAUUCGACUGGGGAUGUGGUGGUACGGGCCAGGGCCACAAAAUGUACAUGUGCCGUUGUUUCAAUGUGGACUGGUUGGGCUCUGUGUCCAACUGUAUGGCCACCCAGGGCAAAAACCAGAAGGAGGUCACCCAUGCAUGGAAACACUUGAGAACCAGAUGUUUGCAGAAAGCCCAUGUGGACUACUCUGUGGCCCAGAUCGAGGGCUGGUCAACGAACGCAUCCAAGUACUUGCAGGCUCCAACUGCCGCCGACAAGAAGAAGUUGGUCACCCAUCCUUUGAGCGUCAACAGCACCAACUAUGCUGUCUACAGAAGAUCCUUCAACGAGAUCAACCACCAUGUAUUCAAGUCGCAGUGGUUUGGCUGGGGAUUGGUGUUGUACUGUGGUGCCGUUAUUGCAAUCUUUACUGUCUUGAACUUCUUCAAGCGCGUCUUGAAGGUUUCUGUUGUUCCCAGAUCCCUCAGUACUCUCUUCCUGAAGUACAUGAUGCCUGAUAUCAAGGUUCCUGGCUUCACUCCCUUCACACGCUUUGACUUGCUUCUCAUGGUUCUUUUCACCAUUCAGGCGGUCAUCUCAACUGCUGUGUCGUACACCGUUCAACUCCCCAACAUGUACAUGAAGGGUCGCUGGUUCCUUACCAUGGAUCUUAUUGGUUACAGAAGUGGUAUCAUUGCCUUCUCUCUCAUGCCAGUUGUCUACAUUUUCGGCUUGAGAAACAACCCAUUCUGCUUCUUGACUGGCCUUCCUCAAACUACCUUCAUCACCUACCACAAAUUCGUUGCAAUUAUCAUGGCCAUCGAGGCAAUGAUCCACACCUCUGUUUGGACUGCCUAUGCUAUCAAGGCUGGCCCAUACUCUGUGUGGUCUGCCGACGCUUACUGGAAUUGGGGAAUUGUGGGAACCGUCUUGGUUUACAUCAUGUUGUUCCAAAGUAUAGGCUUCAUUAGAAACUUCAUGUACGAGCUCUUUUUGGCCAUCCACAAAAUUUUCGGCUGGCUAUUCAUUGUCCUGAUGUGGUACCACUGUAUCAGUUUGGGCUGGAUGGGCUGGGUUUACUCAAUCAUCGCCAUUACUGUGUACGACAGAAUCAUUCGUUGUUGGAAGAUCUUUGCUCUCAACAGAGGAUUCACUAGAGUUAAAUUCAACUUUAUCAGCGAAAACACCUUGGCCAUCACCAUCCCAAAGAGUGAUGUCUAUGACAGCGUUUACAAGCCUGGCCACCACCUUUAUCUCAACUUCUUCCACACCUCCAUCUGGUACAAGUGUUUCCAAUCGCAUCCUUUCAGUGUUGUCAGCUCUCCAAUCCAGAGCCAAGAUGAAGUCACCGUGUAUAUGAGAGUCAAGAAGGGUGUUUCCAAGUGCCUUUCCAAGAUCCCAACCGAUGAAAAGGGAAAUUUCGAAGUUUGGCUGUUGAUUGAAGGUCCUUAUGGUCACAGUGUCCAGACUUUCAACGAGAAAGAAUCGCUUGUUGGUAUGGCUGGUGGUCUUGGGUUGUGUUCUUUGCUCCCAACCUUCUACAGAAACCCUAAGAACUCUAUUCUUUUCUGGGCCAUCAACAAAAUUGACGACUUGGAAGCUUUGCACAUGGAAUUGGACUAUUUGAUCGCACAAGGCACUGAUGUUCGUGUGUUCUUGAAGAGAUCUGACUGCGAUGAGAGCUCCAGCUUUGCCGAAGAGAAGUACAAAUAUUUGUCUGUUUCCAACAGCCGUCCAGAUGUUAACUCCUGGGUGGAAGAGGCCCAUGCUCUUGCCUCAGCCAUGGGCAAAACGGAUCUUCACAUCUUGACAUGUGGACCUGGUUUGAUGGACAGUGACAUUUCUGCCAGUGUCUACCAGCACAUGUCGCUCAAAGACGAUUUGGCCAUCCACUUCUGUCCUAAAAACUACAUGUGGUAA